CCCUACUAGACCAAAAGACCUCUGCAACCUUAUCCCCGUCUAAGAAGUUAGUGACUUGGGUAUUCUGCUCUAAUUGUGUUUACAUCACAAACUAGGCUGCAUAUGGUCACUAUUCCACCAGACACUUCAGCACGCGCGGCGCGAUUCGCCAUCUUCGUCUCGUUUUAUCGACAGAUGGCAGCAUUUCUUUGUUAUUAGGAUGCCGAAGUCGGUGGUAUUUAAAAUGGGACUGCCGUGGAAGAGACUUCAAGACUUCCAUCAAUGGGUCUUAGAUAAUGGAGACAAAAGGACAGACCCAUGGCUGUUGGUGUACUCCCCCGUGCCCAUCACCUGCAUCUUUUUGUGCUACCUCGUGUUGGUGUUUUUUGGCCCAAAGGUCAUGGAAAAGAGACAGCCUGUCAACCUCAAAUACAUCCUAAUUAUUUACAACUUUGCCAUGGUGUGCCUCUCUGCCUAUAUGUUCUAUGAGUUCACGGUGACCUCGUGGUUGGCCAAUUACAGUUUGCUGUGUCAGCCAGUGGACUACAGCAACAGUCCAUUAGGGAUGCGGAUGGCCAAAGUGUGCUGGUGGUUCUUUUUUUCCAAGGUCAUCGAGCUGAGUGAUACAGUAUUCUUCGUCCUAAGGAAAAAGAACAGCCAGUUGACGUUCCUACAUGUCUACCACCACUGCACAAUGAUAUUUAACUGGUGGUCCGGUGUCAAAUAUGUCGCUGGAGGCCAGUCAUUCCUGAUUGGUCUGAUCAACUCCCUGGUGCAUAUUGUCAUGUACUUGUACUAUGGGCUGGCUGCCUUUGGGCCACACAUGCAGAAAUAUCUCUGGUGGAAACGCUACCUCACCACCUUGCAGCUGACCCAGUUCUGUAUCAUCACAGUCCACACAACCUACAACCUCUUUGCUGACUGUGACUUCCCUGACUCCAUGAAUGCGGUGGUGGUGGCGUACGCCCUCACUCUCAUUGCCCUCUUUAGCAACUUCUAUUACCAAAGCUACCUUGCCAAGAGGAGGAAGAGGGCUUGACCGCACAUGUGGAAAUUCACACCCCCACCACGAGAUGCUUCUGCAAACCUCAUUUCGAGCGGGUGCAUUGGAUGUAAACAGUGGUUCUAAAUUAACUUUUUUCAGCACUAGCCAAACUGGCUGGUAGAUGUUAAUCUUACUAGCCAAACAUUCACUCACUAAUGGGUCAAAAUGGCUAGUGAGUUGGCAUUUUAUACUAGCCAAACAGAAAUUUCACCAGCAUUUGGCCGGUUGGCUGGUGUUAAUUUAGAACCCUGGAUGUAACCAAUGGUUCAAAGUAAAAUCCAGCACGCUGUCUAUUGCAUUUGCAAUUUUUUUUGCUAACAUCAUUUUGGUCAUUAAGACUUUCUUCAGGUGAGUUUAUAAUUGUAAUUACCUAAUGCUUUGAAACGCACACCCCAACACAGUUUUUGUACCGGUCAACGCAUCACCAUGCUUUAAGUAUAUAUGUGUAAACGUUGUGAAAAAUAA